UGGUAUCAAAUUUUUAGCUAUGAAGACGAAUGAAAGAAAUUUACAAAAAAGAAAUAGAGAGUUAGUGGAAGAAACAGAAGACAGUUCAGAAUUCGAGGAUAAAUAUACAACAAAUCAUUCUAAUAUUCAGCCUUCAUCUAAAAAUAAAAAAUCCAAACAGUUUUCUGAAAUAUAG